AAAAGGAAGAUGCUUCGAAUAUACCCCCUAAUAACUACGACCAGCUACCACUCUCCUUCCCUUCUGAUUCUCUUCAUAAUCACUUUUGUCCUCGCAUACAUCAAUGAUUACCUUCUUCUCUCUUUCAUUUCCAAGAUUCUUCUUUAAAAAGCAAGAAAUCGAAGAAAAAAAUAAACAGUAAAGUUGAGAAGAAACAGAAAAAAAAAUGUUUACUCACAUGUCCGAAGCCGAACAAGAACAACUCAUCGAGAAGCUCGAGAUCUUCAAGAUCAAAGGCAGAGACAAACGCAACCGUAAGAUCGUUCGCGUCAUCGGAAAAUUCUUCUCCGCUCGGAAUUUGAGUGUUGACGUAGUGAAGAAGUAUUUGGAGGAGAGGGUGUACCCAAAGCUAGGGAAGAGGCCAUUUUCGGUGUUGUACGUGCACACAGGUGUGCAAAGGUGUGAGAAUUUUCCGGGAAUCUCAGCCCUACGAUCAAUCUACGAGGGGGUCCCGAUGAGCGUCAAGGAGAAUCUGGAGGCCGUGUAUUUUGUCCACCCGGGCCUACAGGCCAGGCUCUUCCUCGCCACCUUUGGGCGCCUUCUCUUCAGCGGCGGGCUGUAUGGGAAGCUAAGGUACGUGAGUAGACUUGAUUUGCUGUGGGAGCACGUGAGGAGGAACGAGAUUGAGAUCCCUGAUUUUGUGCAUGAUCAUGAUGAAGAUUUGGAGUACCGUCCGAUGAUGGAUUAUGGGUUGGAGAGCGAUCACCCUAGGGUCUACGGUGCACCCGCGGUCGAUUCACCCGUCUCAACGUACUCCAUGAGAUGUAUCUCGUAAGAUAAUAGAAUUGGGUGGGCCUUGUGGCAUUUUCCUCUAUUGGGUGUAAUCAGAUAGACAGGCUUUUCUUAGUUUUGCUUGGUUUUUUUUUUUUUUUUUUUUUUUUUUUUUAAUAAACAUAUGUUAUAGCGCAAUCAAAAGACCAUUUUUUUGCCCAUAAAAAUCUUAGGUGGUAAGAGGUUAUAGGCUUAUCAUUUAUCAAUGGGUGGAGUCCAGUAACUACGGAUGAGACCUAUGGUUUUUUUGUCUCCUUAGAUUUUUAUGGGCUAAAAAUGGUAUUUUUAUUGUAUUAUAACUUUUUUUUUUUAUAUAAAUUUUUUUUAAAAGUUUGUUCUUUUUGCUGUUGUUUUUGAGUGCCCCGCCGACUAGGAGACCAAUGAGAGGCUGUUUGGGCUCCAUUUGCCAGUUGCCGGGCUGUUCAUGCUCCGGUUUGAAUAGGUGAGGUCUAGGCAAUUUUUCAUAUGAUGGACAAUCUUAUUGCAUUGUAUUUU